UAGAUCAAAUGAAACGAGGCGUUUUGAAGCUGAGAAGAUAGGAGAUGGGGUUCCAUGGCGUGGUUGUCUUCUUCCUCCUCGACACCGUGAACUGAAAGGUUGACAGAGUCAACAGUGCACACCCCCCUUUUCCCACACAACGAAUUCCUCCGUAGCUGCGUUUCGGUCAAUUGUGCAAUCGAAAGAUAUCAACACUUUCCUACAAAUACCGAAUUUCCGUUCCUUGUAAUUGCUCCGCUCAGCUAUAACUUUGUAGUAUGGUGAUGUAACUUGGAAUUUGUCACAGUCACAUUGGAAUUUGGUUAGAGCAUAGAACAUGAAGCGCAAGCGCGGGCAUAAGAAAGGGAAGGCGAAAGGCACCGCCAAUCAUGUAAUUAGUGUUAAUGAGACACUCAGAAAUGAAGGGGGUCAAAACAACGAAGAAACCUCUGGUUUGGAUGAGUUUGAUAAUGAUAAAGAUAACUCAGGAAUGGAAGUUGACACACCUUCUUCCACUGGGACAGAUCAGCAUUACAAUCUUGCUAACAUAAAUCCUGAUGGAUCCAUUGAUAAGGCCGUGGGGAAGUCGGUUGGGCGUGUUAAGGUGAAGCUCAGGACACCUAAAAUGUUGGACUCCCAACCCACCUCAUCUGAUGCUCCUACACAAAGUGAUACUGAUAAGAGUAGCCAGCAACAUGGGCUUGAGAAACAAGGUGUGAAUGCCGAGAGAGUGGAAGAUAGUGCAAAUUCGUUGCCUAAUAUGAAACUGGGUACUCCAUCAAAGAGAGCUGGUAGCAUCAAAAUUAAGGCCUCAAAGAUCUUGGGAUCAAAUGCUGACCAGGCAAGCAAACCGUUGUCAACUCCCAGUGAGAUUACCCACCCAAAAGAAAGAAAUCCCCCUCAACAGCAUCCUCGAUAUAAUAAGCAAGAAUUGGAUGCUUCCUUAGUGGUUAUUAGGAAGGUAAUGAAAAUGGAUGCAGCUGAGCCCUUCAAUGUUCCUGUUAAUCCUGAAGCUCUGGGAAUUCCUGACUAUUUUGAUAUCAUAGACACACCAAUGGAUUUUGGAACUAUAUGCAGCAAUCUUGAAAAGAAUGACAAGUAUAUGAAUUCAGAGGAUGUAUUUAAGGAUGUUCAAUACAUUUGGGACAACUGUUACAAGUAUAACAAUAAGGGUGACUAUAUUUUGGAUCUUAUGAGGCGAGUAAAGAAGAACUUUAUGAAGUACUGGACUGCUGCUGGGCUAUACAGUGAACAACCAAAGGGGACCAAGGGUACGGAGAGGACUACUGCAGAAGACAAUGCACUCUCCGGUGAUGGAAAAGUAGGGAAGGGUGGUCAAUUGAAGCAGAAGACAAAAAAGCGUCAUGGAAGACACCAUAAACAUGAUUGUUUAUGUGCUAUUUGUGUUCUAAAGCGACGUAGGAAAGAACGGGAGGAGAAUGCACGAAUUGCUAAAGGCAGUUUUGGUGGUGAUAAGCAUGCUAGAGAGUUUAAGCAAGAGGAAUCAAUGCUAGUAGAGAGUCCUGGUGGUGAGGAUUCGUCAUCAAAUAUAGAUGAAUCAGUGGACACCGAUGGAGAUGUUGAUGAAGACAAAGGAGAGGUGGUUAAGAUGGAGAUCAGUGAGAAGGAGUGUAGCCCUUCUGAGAGAAAGCAUGAGGGCAUUGAUGUUGAUAAUGAUGGUGACGAUGAUGACCAGGGCCUAGAGGAAGGAGAGGAGGAAGAGGAGGAUGGAGAGGAAGAUGAGGAAGAGAGUGAAAUAAACAAUCAGAAGAGAGAAACUGAUGACACCUUAAAGCAUGGUGGAACCUUGGCAGAGAAGUCAAAUGUUGGAGAUACAACUGUUCAUGAUGAAUAUAAAACAAAUCAAGAAGGACAAGCUGCAGUAGUCCAUCAACAGAAGCAGCAUGAGGGGUCACAAGAUAAAACUCAGAAAGCUAAGCUCCUAGAGAGCUUAUAUUGUGAAAACCCCAAGCUCUCGAGCUUAUGUGGAAUUCUCUUCCCCCAAAAUAGUCAGUCUGUCUGGAGUGGACCACACUCACUAAUACAGCGAAGAAAUUCUGCUCGUACUAGUUCAAUUCAUGCUGCUAUUAGGACUUUCAUGGAUUAGCUUCUUGUUUUGAUCGAUUCUCUAUACUUCCUAGCAGUCUAUGUUAAUAUUUAGGCAGCCAUUGUAACCCUACCGUGACAGAAACUGAGUUAAAAAUGAUCUACCUUCUAAUUUUCAAUUUUUUUUAAGAUAAAUUUUAGGUUGGAAUUAGUUUUGCUUAUUUUUUAUUUAUUUUUCUUUUCUCAUUGCUGUAUUACGAAUGGACAAAUUACCAAAUAAUUUGUGCUUAACACCGUUUUACUAUUUAAAAUUAAAAACAUACCGCCAGUUGAAGU